AUGAGUAAAGAUACUGAAGAAGAACUCAUUAAAAAAGAAUUUAUUGAAAGAGAAUCCACUGAAAUAGUAUCUACCAAAAUAGGUAACGAGAAAGCAGAAAGUUUAAUCAUAAGUGAUACUCCAGUUCCUUCUACGAAAAAGACAAAAACUGCUAUCACUACUCUAAAAGAUGACGUUUUUACUAUAUUAAGUAAUAGUAGUAAUAGUAAGAAAACUGAAGGAUAUAGAAGCGAUAAUAAAAUACUAUUGCAAAUACUGAUACAGUUUCAACACAUGAACAAAGAAUUUGAAGCUACAGUAUGUAUUUUCGUUCAACAAGCUGUCAAAGCUACAAUCAAAGCAAUAAAAGAUGGAAAGAAUAUACAAUCUGUAAUAAAGAAACUUGAUGAAUAUACAAUUGACUUAAAAAUACUAACAAAACUUAGAGUAGUCAGAUCAUUACCAGUUCGAGAACUCUUAAAUUCUUGA